UGUUGUAAUUGGUCCGCCAGCUUCCUUUAGUCGUCCGUUCACGCCCCUUACCUUUGACACUGGAUACAAGCAACACAGCGGCAGGAAGCCAUGGAUCUGGUGCUGAACGUGGCCGACCACUACGUCCUGACGCCCUACGUCUACCCCGAGACAUGGGCCGAGGACGGCGCCCUGCGGCAGAUCCUCAGCCUCCUGGUGGUGACCAACCUCGGGGCGGCCAUCUUGUACCUCGGCCUGGGAGCAAUCAGCUACCAUUUCAUCUUUGAUCACAAUCUGAUGAAACACCCACACUUCCUGGAGAAUCAAGYUCAGAGAGAAAUUAAAUAUGCGAUGACCUCCCUGCCCUGGAUCAGCAUCCCCACCGUGGCCUUGUUCUUCGCUGAGGUCAGAGGUUACAGCAAGCUGUACGACAACGUCAGCGACUCCCCGCUGGGCUGGUCCGGUCUCUUCCUCAGCAUGAUCUCCUUCCUGUUCUUCACUGACAUGUGUAUCUACUGGAUCCACCGCUUCCUGCACCACAAGCUUAUUUACAAGAUGUUCCACAAGCCACACCACAUUUGGAAGAUCACCACGCCCUUCGCCAGCCACGCCUUCCACCCGGUGGACGGCUUCCUGCAGGGCCUGCCCUACCACAUCUACCCCUUCCUGUUCCCCCUUCACAAGCUGCUCUACCUGGCUCUGUAUGUGUUUGUCAACAUCUGGACCAUCUCCAUCCAUGACGGCGACUACCGCGUCCCUGUUGGCCUGACCGGCGUCAUCAAUGGCUCCGCCCACCACACCGACCAUCACCUCUUCUUUGACUACAACUACGGCCAGUACUUCACCCUGUGGGACCGGCUGGGAGGCUCCUACAGGCACCCGUCGGCUCUCAUGGGGAAAGGCCCCAUGGAGCUGGUUCGGAAACUGCAGGCAGAGGGAAAGUUGGGGAAACAGGAAGUGAACGGACACGCUCAGAGGAAAGAGGAGUAGCAGAGUUGGGAUUGAUUGCAGAGACGAUUCGAUAAUCAGUUGCAAAACUGAGAGGAAAUAUUUAAAGUUCAUGUYCGCCAUAUAAGCUGAUCCUGAUGAACGAGCUUCAACUUGCUUUGUGUUUUUUUUCCUUCAGCAGUGGAGUUUUGUGCAGUCAACAUUUUUUAAAUUGGGGUUGAAAAACUUAUCACGAUAAAUGAGUUUCAUCAUGUUAGUCUAUCAAUAAUUAUUGGUUAGUUUUCUGUUGUAAAUGUCUGAAAUAUUGCCAAACUGGUGACUUUAUCAAGUUUUCUCUCCACGUCAUUUUUUAUUUGUAGGCAGUUAUCAGACAAGGUGGGGAAACUUGAAACUGCUGCUGUGUAUGUUACUCAGUAAGUUGUUGCUAGGCAACCAGUUAGUUGAUGCCACUCACGUUGCUUAUCUAGCUGUGAGAGUUUAAGCGGUUAAAGCCUUUCCUCUGCCUACAUCCCCCAGAAUGCCGUUCGGCUCUGGAUUAGAGUUUGGUGAAUAUUCUAAAUAUUGAAUAUUCUAUUGAUAUUGAUUUAUUGUCCAGGCUCUAGUUUCAAUACAGCACUUGUUUUUAAGUGGAAACAGCUGCUUGCUAACUCCAGGUGUUUUUAAAGCUCUCUGUGAGAGGUCCUCAGGUUCUGGACAGCCCAUCUUUGUGUUUUGGACUCUUGUAAGGAACAGCUGGUGAUGGCCGGUUAGUCUGUGAAUUUAUUUCCUUUCCACUCACAUCUUUGCUCYAGUCGGUCACUGGGCCUAACUCUGGAACCGGUGUUGCACAACAUUAACUGUGUUUCCAUUACAAAUGUGCGCAAAACUUUGUCGCUGUUCUGCUAAUGUUGAAAAAUAAAAUUUUGCAAUUGCGCUGUUCUCAUUAAUUAAGAAACAAAAUGAAAAUCACACAGGAAUAAGUUUAAGUGAUUCCAUUGCAGUUUUGCAAAACAAACAGAUUUCAAUACGGCUGAAAAACCGCAUCAUGCUAACACUUUCCUAAAUUAGCUUGUUUCAAUUAAUGAAAUUUAUUUCUGAAAUGUCAAAUUGUGCAAUUACAUGGUCAAUGAAAUGCAGCUACUGUAACAGUAACAGUGAGGUUCUGAUGGAACGUUUAUCCAUGAGAUGCUUCCUGUUUGAAGAAACCUUUAAAUCCAGUCCAGACUAAACCAGCAGAUAUUUCUCUCUGCUCAUUGGAAAAACGAUUGCUUUCUAAAUCCUGAYGCAUUUAUUAAACAUAAUUUAGGUACAAUGGCUCCCUUUCUUUGUACUUGUAGAUUUCUCUGGUUGUUGGUGACAUGUGGUGUGAACUUCCAGCCUCUCUUAUUAAAUAUAUUCUCUGCUGUGUAGAGUUUAAAGGUCACAUCACAGGUUUCCAGAUACAAACUUGAUUGAAAUGUGCUGAACAAACAAUUUUAUUCUUUUACCACAUUAGGAUCAAAAAGAGGAACCUGGUUGUSCUGGAGUUUUUCYUCUCCACUGUCACCACAAUGCUUAAUGCAUCAAUUUGUUUAUUGUGAAUUGGUGCCAUAAAAUAAACUAAAUUGACUUGAGUCAGAAUUUUGGMUCACAUUUUAGCUUCUGUUCAGAAUCCAACAGAAACUAGUUGAUUUACUCCAAACUCUCUAUUUAUGCUGUUUCUAAACUCAAAACAAAAUCACUGAACUAAUCAGGAUUAUUCUCCAAUAUUCAAAACACUUUAUGCAUGUUUGGUUGUCAAAUUUACACAAAUGUAUCAAAACAAGAUUUAUUCUACUAUACCUGUUUCAACACAUUUUKUCUUCAACAUUUCCCGGUAAAGAUUUAUCGACUGUGAGUACUUUGCACUUUGUACUAUAACAUCAUCCUGCUAAAUCCACUGGUUUAAACAGUAUCACUUUUUUAUUGUUUACAAAGAAAACUUAUAAAAACAGUGAAAAUAUGCUAAACUUAGUAUAACCUGUAAAUUUCACACUUUUUGUUUACUGUAGUUUUUACUGUGUUUCUCUCAACCACAGCUGCUGGUUUAUUACCGUAAAAAUAACAUUGUAGUUUUAUUUUUAUAGUAUGGACAGACCUGCAUCUUCCCCAGCUAAGUGACUGUUGCCAUGGGAACUCACAGAAAGCAAAACAAGUUAGGAGAAAAUUAGCAUUUAUCUUAAUUUAUUGAUAUACCUUCUAACACUGAGCAAUGCUCGAAAUGAGCUGAUUUUUUUUUAUAAGCUUGUAAAACAUAAAACAGCAGAUAAAAGAGCAUUAAAUACAAAACUGGCGUGUUGUUUCAGAAAUGUCCACGGGUAGUUGUAAUGUCCUGGAUAAAU